AUGUAUACAUAUGCAAAACUGGUCUUUUAUAUGGAGGCGUGUCAUUCGGGCUCGAUGUUUGAGAAAUUACUACCAAAGGACAUCAACAUCUAUGUGACCGCCAGUUCCGGGCCUAAGGAGUCUACUGACCCGUACACCGCCGCCUGGCUGUACGAUAGCGAACACAAAGAUUUGACCCAUGAGUCACUUCAGGAACAGUACCUUUACAUUGAAAUGGUUAUCAACAAAUCGGGUGACCAUGAGUACCAACACUCCCACCAAUACGGAGACCUAUCCAUCGCUAAACUCCCGGUGUCUCAGUUCUUGGGCGCCAAAAACCCGCCCAAACCGCUGGACACGCCGGCCAUAGAGUAUGCCGACAAUUGCGAUGCCAUCCCCUCUCAGGAUGUGUUCAUUUAUAUGAAACAAAAACAGAUUUUGUCCGCGAAGGAUAUCAAUGAGAAACAACGAUAUUUGUCUGAAUUGAGUGAUGCGUUGAAAGGCAGACAAUAUGUGGACAAUCAUUUGUAUGCGUUUCACAAAUUGGGAGUAUUUGUAAACAUAUGUGAAUCGUUGGCACAAACGAGUGAUGCGGACAUCGCUGUCAACCAAUUGAUUGCAAACUGUAAUAAACUUGAAAAACACGAGUUUCUAAGCAUUCAAUAA